UAUCAGAAGUAUCUUUACGACUAUGAAUGUGAGAAGGAAGGUCUUAGUACGGCAACCGACUUACAGCAAGCAAUUGAUGGUAAUAGACGUGAAGGAAGGCGAAACACGUCCUCAGGAUCAACGAACUAUGCGCAAGUUGGUUAUUCAGUUGCUGCAACCGCUGCUGCAGCGGCAGCACAUCACAACUCAACCGCUUUGCUCAACAAACAUUUAAAUGGUACUCUUAGCCUCAGAAAUGGUCUAGAUGAUGAUGCGGGUUUGGGCCCUGCUUCGCAGCAAGCAGCACUUGUGGCUGCUGCUGCUUACCGAGCUGAACAGUUAGCCGUUCUUGAAGCUCAACAACGACAAUUUGAACGAGCUCGCAGAGCAGCAGUGGAAGCAGUGACCCGGCAUUCUGCACAUGCGAAUACUAACAGUGCCUUAGAUAAUACCGGUAAUAAUAGCAGUAACAGUAGUGCUGGUGGGGCUGGUGGUAUGAAUCACCAUCACUCGCAUGUCUCGGGAAGAGAAUCUACGUCAUCUGCGGAUUCCGAUGGUGCUACACCAGCAAAACGAGCUCGUGCUGCUUCUUUAAAUUCCGGUGUCGCAAGUACUGCAAACGCCGCAGCAGCAGCCGCAGCCGCAGCUGCUGUUGCUGCUGCUGCAUUGAAUAAUGAAAAUGGUCUCAGCAAUAAUCUACUAGCUAAUUUGGCUACAGAACGCUUACUUGGUAGCAUUCCAUCUGCACAUUUAAAGAUUACUAAUAGAGGAGAAAACUCAUUGGUAGUAUCGAUGGAAAUUAAUGGUACCAUGUAUCAGGGGGUAUUAUUUGCACUGGGAGCUGCAGCUACAGCUGCCAGCACGCCGCAGAAUCUGUUCCAGAAUGUAAGCGAUGCUGCCGCGAUGGCUACUGGGUUGAAUUUGGCUACAACGCUCAACAAUCCCUUAUAG